AUGAAACUUUUUAUCGCCACUCUCAUCGCUUUAGUUAUCGUCGGUACCAAUGGCGCUAGCCACACUGCCGGGAACAACACUGACGGAAACAACACCGCCAGUGCCAACGGAUCUACAUGCGCCUUGGACAGGGAUUGCGAGAGCGGAUUUUGCUCUAUCGAUUUCACAUGCAAAGAAAAGAAGGAAAUUGGAGAGAGCUGCGCCCAAGAUGAUGACUGCUUCACCGCUUUCUGCUCUGUGGAUUUUACUUGCAAGGAAAAAUUGGCAAUCAAUGAAACUUGUGUUGAAAAUGACGACUGUCAGAGCGGAGUCUGUGCCCAGCUUGAUGGGUUCAAAUGCGUCGAGAGCUCGGAAGCCCUUGCUUGGAAUUUGACCUGCACAAUGCUUGGCGCCAUCGCUUCUUUCUUGUUCAUCGCUUUUUAG